UUCAGUUCAGUCAGAGGUUUGCUAUAAAAGCCUGAGCUGCGCCCCCCACACUCUGCUCUGCUGACCUGGAGACCUCGCCGUCCAGCAUGAAGACUCUCCUCCUUGUGGCGCUGCUCGGAUGCCUCGCCACCGUGUUCGCGGCCCCCGCUGACAAGGUGAAGUGGUGCGUCAAAUCAGAGCAAGAAUAUCGGAAAUGUUUGGAUCUGGUAGCCAAAGCGCCCGCGUUCUCCUGCGUGAAGAAGGAAAACACCAUCGACUGCAUCACUGCUAUUAAGGCUGGUGAAGCAGAUGCCAUCACUUUGGAUGGCGGAGAUAUCUACACCGCUGGACUGAACAACUACGACCUUCAUCCUAUUAUUGCUGAGGACUACGGCACCUCUUCAGAGACCUGUUACUACGCUGUUGCGGUGGUGAAGAAGAACAGUGGAUUUGUCUUCAGAGACCUCGGGGGGAAGAAAUCCUGCCACACUGGGUUGGGGAAAUCUGCAGGCUGGAACAUUCCCAUAGGAACUCUGCUGUCCAAGGAUUUGAUUCUGUGGGGAGGCACUGAUGACAGCACUCUGGAUGCGGCGGUGAGCAACUACUUCGCAGCCAGCUGUGCACCAGGGGCAACAAUCCCCAAACUGUGUCAGCUGUGCAAGGGAGACUGCUCCAGGUCCCACAAGGAGCCUUACUAUGACUACGCCGGAGCCUUUCAGUGUCUGGUGGAUGACGCUGGAGAAGUGGCUUUUGUGAAGCAUCUCACUGUACCUGACUCCGAAAAGGCCAACUAUGAGCUGCUGUGCAAGGAUAACACCAGAGCACCUAUCGACAGCUAUAAAACCUGCCACUUGGCCAAAGUACCAGCUCAUGCUGUUGUCACCCGGAAGGACCCACAGCUGGCGGAAUUAAUCUGGACAAACCUCAAUUCAGUGCAGGACUUUAACCUCUUCUCCUCUGAAGCCUACGCACCUGCCAAAAACCUGAUAUUCAAGGACUCAACUGUGAAGCUGGUGCAGCUGCCCGCUAACACAGAUUCCUUCCUGUAUUUGGGUGCUGAGUACAUGAGCAUUGUCCGUUCCCUUAAGAGAGAGCAGGCUGAAAGCACUUCAUCCACUGCCAUCAAAUGGUGCGCUGUGGGCCACGCUGAGACCACCAAGUGUGACACAUGGAGCAUCAACAGUAUUGGUGAAGAUGGCACCACCUCCAUUGAAUGCCAGAAUGCCCCCACAGUUGAUGAGUGCCUGAAAAAGAUUAUGCGUAAAGAGGCUGAUGCAAUGGCAGUGGAUGGAGGACAGGUGUACACAGCUGGGAAGUGUGGUCUGGUUCCUGCUAUGGUGGAGCAGUACAAUGAAGCGCAGUGCAGCACAACUGGAGCCGUAGCCUCGUCUUACUAUGCUGUUGCUGUGGUGAAGAAGGGUUCAGGGGUGACCUGGGACAACCUGCGGGGCAAAAAGUCUUGCCACACUGGCGUUGGCAGAACUGCUGGCUGGAACAUCCCCAUGGGUCACGUACACAAACUAAAUAACAAUGACUGUGACUUCACUAAGUUCUUCAGUAGUGGCUGUGCCCCCGGAUCAGAUCCCACCUCUCCAUUCUGUACUCAGUGUGUCGGCAGUCGCAAAGCUGUGGGAGAGGAAUCCAAGUGCAAAGCCAGUGCUGAUGAGCAGUACUACGGCUAUGCUGGAGCCUUUAGAUGUCUGGUUGAGGGUGCCGGCGAUGUUGCCUUCAUCAAACACACAACUGUUUCAGAAAACAGUGAUGGCAACGGUCCAACAUGGGCUAGUAAUCUGAAUUCUGCUCAGUACGAGCUGAUCUGCCCCGGGAAGGGUCCAGUGCCGAUAACUGACUACGCCUCUUGUCACCUGGCUAAGGUGCCUGCGCACGCUGUGGUGACUCGUCCGGAAAGCCACAGCAAAGUGGUCCGCAUUCUCAAGGACCAGCAGGCCAAGUAUGGUAUGGGCAGUGAUGCUGCAUUCAAACUGUUCCAGUCAGACAAUGGAAAGAAUCUUCUCUUCAAGGACUCCACUAAGUGUCUCCAGGAUGUUCAAGCUGGAACAACCUAUGAGCAGUUUUUGGGAAAUGAGUACAUGAAUGCCAUGAAUUCACUCAGAGAGUGCAGUGAAACCACACCAGAUCUGGAGAAAUCUUGCACUUUCCAUAGCUGUCAGCAAAAAAACUAGUGGUGACCUUGGACCAUAUGGUGCCUCAUACAGCCCUCAGUGAUUCGAGCACCUUACCCACAUUUCCCACACUCGACCCAAAAAUUGCAAUGUCUAUUUUCUUAAUGAUCUUGUUGUAGACCAGUUUUUAGAAGUACAACCAACAAACAGAUUCAUUUCAAUACCAAAACAUACAAAUCAACUAUUAUGUGAUCAAUUAUGUCCACAUGUAAUUAUUUUCAUACUGUCGAAACAUAAUGUUACAUUACCUGUGUCAUUGGAUCCAUGAUGUUUUGAUGUUUUGUCACGUGCCUGACUUUUCUCAAAUAAAGCCUUUUUAAUGCUC